AACAUGCGUCGAUAAUUCAUGGGCGAGCACGUGUGUGGUGGCGGCAAGGGAGCUGGCUCGUUCACUCGUGUGCGGCAGGCGAGCACCUCGGCGAUGCACGUCAAGACGGUGCACGUCAAGGCGACGCACGUCGCCACCCCACGAGCCUCGUCCUUCUGGAUGACGAGAGCUUCUUCGUUGGCGGCGACGAGGAGAGAUGGCUGUCGCCCUGGAGAUCUCUGCUGUCGCUGCCUCUGCAGAAUUGGUCUCAUGGAGCAAAGGCACUCGGCGCAGCUCGGUGCAAAAAGGCAUCAAUGCGACCGGUGUGCAUACAGCACGGAUUGUCCUGCACAGUUGACACGGCACCAGAGAACUCACACAGGAGAGAAACCCUUCAAGUGCAGUGUGUGUGGGAAGGCGUUUGCACAGUCAUAUAAUCUUGUAGCACACCAGAGAACACACACGGGAGAGAAACCCUUCAAGUGCAGUGUGUGUGGGAAGGCGUUUGCACAGUCAUCUGCUCUUGUAAAACACCAGAGAACACACACGGGAGAGAAACCCUUCAAGUGCAGUGUGUGUGGGAAGGCGUUUGCACAGUCAUCUGCUCUUGUAGCACACCAGAGAACCCACACGGGAGAGAAACCCUUCAAGUGCAGUGUGUGUGGGAAGGCGUUUUCACAUUCACCUGAUCUUAAAAUACACCAGAGAACACACACGGGAGAGAAACCCUUCAGGUGCACUCCGUGCAGGAAGGCGUUUGCGCAGUCAUCACAUCUUUAUGUACACCAGAGAACACAUACUUCUGAACGACCGCAACAAUGCGACCGGUGUUCAUACAGCACGAAUUGUCCUGAACAUUUGACACGGCACCAGAGAACACACACGGGAGAGAAACCCUUCAAGUGCAGUGUGUGUGGGAGGGCGUUUGCACGGUCAUCUACUCUUGUAACACACCAGAGAACACACACGGGAGAGAAACCCUGCAAGUGCAGUGUGUGUGGGAAGGCGUUUUCAGAUUCAUCUACUCUUGUAACACACCAGAGAACACACACGGGAGAGAAACCCUUCAAGUGCAGUGUAUGUGGGAAGGCGUUUGCAAAGUCAUCUGCUCUUGUAGUACACCAGAGAACACACACGGGAGAGAAACCCUUCAAGUGCAGUGUGUGUGGGAAGGCGUUUGCAAAGUCAUCUACUCUUGUAGAACACCAGAGAACACACACGGGAGAGAAACCCUGCAAGUGCAGUGUGUGUGGGAAGGCGUUUUCAGAUUCAGCUCAUCUUGUAAAACACCAGAGAACACACACGGGAGAGAAACCCUUCAAGUGCAGUGUGUGUGGGAAGGCGUUUGCACAGUCAUAUGUUCUUGUAGAACACCAGAGAACACACACGGGAGAGAAACCAUUCAAGUGCAGUGUGUGUGGGAAGGCGUUUACAAAGUCAUCUACUCUUGUAAAACACCAGAGAACACACACGGGAGAAAAACCCUUCAAGUGCAGUUUGUGUGGGAAGGCGUUUGCACAAUUAUAUACUCUUGUAACACACCAGAGAACACACACGGGAGAGAAACCCUUCAAGUGCAGUGUGUGUGGGAAGGCGUUUGCACUUUCAUCUACUCUUGUAAAACACCAGAGAACACACACGGGAGAAAAACCCUUCAAGUGCAGUGUGUGUGGGAAGGCAUUUUCACAUUCAUCUACUCUUGUAAAACACCAGAGAACACACACGGGAGAAAAACCCUUCAAGUGCAGUGUGUGUGGGAAGGCGUUUUUAGAUUCAUCUCAUCGUGCAAAACACCAGAGAACACACACGGGAGAGAAACCCUUCAAGUGCAGUGUGUGUGGGAAGGCGUUUGCACUUUCAUCUACUCUUGCAACACACAAGAGAACACACACGGGAGAAAAACCCUUCAAACGCAGUGUGUGUGUGAAGGCGUUUGCACAGUUAUCUGCUCUUGUAGCACACCAGAGAACACACUCUGGAGAGAAACCCUUCAAGUGCAGUGUGUGUGGGAAGGCGUUUGCAAUGUCAUCUGCUCUUGUAGCACACCAGAGAACACACACGGGAGAGAAACCCUUCAAGUGCAGUGUGUGUGGGAAGGCGUUUGCACAGUCAUCUGCUCUUGUACCACACCAGAGAACACACACGGGAGAGAAACCCUGCAAGUGCAGUGUGUGUGGGAAGGCGUUUGCAAGUUCAUCGACUCUUAAAAAACACCAGAGAACACACAAGCAUCAUAAUAUCCACAAGGAGCGGAGUCUGAUAUCAGCUUGUGAAAGUCAAAGUGCCUCAAUGAGCCCAUCUCUCAUGAAACAAGAACCGGAAGAAAAUCCCAGCUUGCAAACUUUUAAAGGUAUCGAGGUGAAAUAUGAAGAGGUGAAGGUGAAAUGUGAAGAAGUCAUGGUGAAGAGCGAAGAAGUGAAGGUAAAAUGUGAAGAUGAAGAUUCAACUCAAAAAUCGGACCUUCACAUCGAUGGAGGCAACGUGAAGCAGGAGGAGAAUUCUGAAUGUGAGGCAGAGCGAAGCAACUCCCAGCAGUUUGUGGAAGUGGAGGUGUGGGUGGACUUCCUCCGAGACAAUACAAAGUCAAAUGGAGACCCGGUAGAUGUGUAAGCCUGAAACGAUGUUGCUCCAAUAGAUGCACCUUUGUCACAGGCCUUUAAUGACAAUAAUGUGAAGUUAAACACUCGGUUCCUAGGUUCAACCUGCAGGGUAAGAGCGGCCAGUCUUUGUGGACCUGUGUGUUGGGUAGAUCUCUAACUAGGAGCGAGAGCCAAUAAGCUCCCAAGCAUUCACUAUGUUAUCAUAAUUGCAUUUAUAUGGUGCUUGCUUAAUCGCCUCUGGCAACUCUGAGUUUUGUAUCGUAUCUCGUCUCAAACACUCGAAGAGCAUCCCCAAGUAGCAGCUGCCCCUGUGUGGCACAAGGUGGUGGCCCUGCACCGGCCUGCAUGUGGACAAGAGCCUGUCAGUAGGGGGCGAUGGUUGAUGUGGCAUCUCAGUUGUGGAGUUUGUAGGUAAUGUUUAGAAUUUGCUCAAUUUUGAUCCAGAUGCCAGCAUGCAAUGGCCGACUCGUUUUGAAUGGUGCAUUAGUAUGUUGUACAUACACUGUUAAGCAGACGGUGCGUAUUUUUUUUAAUUAGCUUCUUGUUAAUGCGAUGUAACCUAAUGCAGUAUAUUUCAGUGCAGUCUUUCAAUUUUGUUAAUAUGCCUGUCACUAAUUUUGAAUGAAUACUUGUCUGAUUGUGUGCGUACAUGUACCAUUUUGUCUAUAAGGGUCAAUCAUCGAAUAAGUCAUGUUAGGACACAGUGUGUGUUUUGGAAGUAACCUGUACAGAUCACUCAGGUGAGACUCAUUGUUCUUGUGAUACAGGUCAAAGGGUACUUUUGUGUUUUCAGGAAGCAUCUCCCUCUGGAGCAACUCAUUGUCUUUGAAAUAGCGAGCACACUCGGAUCAUUCAUCAGUUACAAGGCGACCACUUAAAAGUUACACCUAGAGGAGAUACAUUCUCUACAACUUGAAUUAUAAUUUGGUAUUACGUGUUGACACAAAUUUUGUCUAACUAGGGCUAGAAAUGCUCCUUACUGAUUAACGUCUGGAUGUUUGAAGCUAUCGGUUGAAGCAAGCCCGGCUGCUCUUGAGACGCUGUGCACCAAUAAGGGUCCACAGGUGGCUUGCACUGAAUCAUUGACGCACUCCCAGAAGUCUGUGCUUGUUAUAGUUUAUGUAAAACAUUCCUUUGUUUCGUGGAGAGAUCGAUAAAUGAAAGAUGUCGUGUCUGCUGAUCUGCUUCAUAGCAAGGAGGUAAUUUUAAGAGCACAUUUGGAAUGCAUUUUUGGUACAGAUUUGUAUUUGGUUACAAGGCUGAGUGCAUCUAAUAGAUACAUUCUGCACAACAACACUCAUUAGAAUUUUGCAUGACGUCGUAUAUGUUGGCGAACUAGGACAAGAAAUGGUCCUUGCCAAUUAACGUCUGGAUUUUGACAACCAUGGGGUUGAAGCAAGCCUGACCGCCUGCGGUGCCCCUCACAACCAUUUACUGCCUUGGGCCAGGAAAGUCACGAAGAAAAUUGCACACGAAAGACGCAUCCACGCAAGCACCCAAUGCUCCGUUUUGAAGUUUUAAAUUGAAACAACUUUGAAUUGUAUUAUGUUUUAAAUUGUGUUUCUUCAAUAAAAGCUUAUAUCAUUUUACAUCUGGAAGACUUCAUUGAAAA